AUGGUUGCUUACUGGUUAACGAAUUGCGCCCCAACGAGUGUCAAGACGGUCGAGCUUAUAUUUCCUGUCCCCGGACAUUCAUUUAUGCCGGCCGAUCGUGUUUUUGGACAUAUUGAAAAAGAAGUCAAAAACAAAGAAGUGAUUAUAGAUCCAUCCGAAUAUAGAGACAUAUAUGAUCAUUAUGGCGUUGUUCGCAAAUUGGGUGCAGGGGAUGACAUCAAGAGAGUUGCUGAGUUCGAGGAUGAUGCGCAAGAUAUGGAUAAAGAAAAUGAAGAAAAUAAUGCUGUAGAAGAAGAUGAAGCGAAUUUUGAUGAAGGAAAAAAUUAA